CUCGGAUCAUCUCGGGCCAUCUCGGCUCAUCUCGGCUCAUCUCGGCGCAUCUCGGCUCAUCUCGGCGCAUCUCGGCGCAUCUCGGCGCAUCUCGGCGCAUCUCGGCGCAUCUCGGCGCAUCUCGGCGCAUCUCGGCGCAUCUCGGCGCAUCUCGGCGCAUCUCGGUAGGCAUCCACGCCGCGUACGGCGGGUUCGAGGUGAGCGACAUGGAGGUGCGCUGGCCGGCCAGCGCCUUCGCCGCCAACAAGGCCGACCACCCGCACCUCGACUACGGGCUGCUCGAGCGCGACACGAGGUCGCAGGGCCGCGUGCGCAAGGGUGCGCCCUUCCUCGCGCCGGGGGCGCCGACGUGGGCAGCGGCCGACGCGGCCUGAGAACAGGGCCGGGUGAAGUGCAGUAUGCCACGUACCGGCGCUAAGAGCUGGCUGUACAGUAGCGCCUUACCGAUAUCUCGAUCGGUUGCGCACGCACAUUGUUGUGCGACCUGAGCUCGGUUGUCUGCCGAGAAACGUAUAGUGGCGAGUAAAGCCGUAGGCACGCGCACAGUUGCGAGUACGUGUACACUACAGUUUGGCGCCACCGUACCCGU